AUGGCGUCGAGACCGGUAAAAAUAAACGAGCUCCUUUAUUUUAUUAAUAAUAAUUUAAGUUUAAUAGAGGAAGAAUCAUUUAUUAAUAAUACUAGUGAAUUUUAUACUAGUGACGAUAUUGUUUUAGCAAUUAAAACAUUAAAAUGUGAAAUAGACUCACUAAAACUGGAUAAAAUGGAAAAAUUUCCCUCGCGCGGGAAUUCAAAACAUGAAAAACUUCUGGAAUGCUUGACUUUAUUCAGGUAUAUUAAAAAUAACAAUUUGUUGGAUAAAAUAGCAUUAUUUUGCAGUUCUGAUAUAAAUAAAAUACCAAACACGGAAAACUGGCUGAAAAUAAAUUUCGACUUUGUUAACAAACAAAUAAAAGAAAUGUUGUUCAGUCAACAAGCUGAAAUUAACAAAAUGUUUUUGUCCUACACAACCGAGUUGGAUAAUGUAAAAAAUAAACUUAACUCUCUUGUCGGCGAAAGUCGUCAAAUGUCAACAACAAAAAAAAAUGUCAACAACGAAAUUCCAACGACAAGUAACGCGCAGCAAGAUAACAUUCUACAGGACAAAAAUCUCUGGUCAAACAGAGUAACAACACCAGUGGAGAACUUACCGUUCAGUCUCGUACUGCGCAAAAACAAGCGUCCACGGUCAGACAACAGCAGCACCAAUCGCAGUGAAACCGAUAGCAACAACACCAAUCGUCAAAACAACAACAGCAUGAAAUAUUCAGAGGUUGCAAAAAAAGUUUCAAAUAAAAUUGUUGGAAACAAAGUCAGCAAUGAUUGCAAAUUGAAAGCGGAGAAACAACUGAUAAAAAAGUCAUUUUUCAUGAUGAGCAACAUUCAGCGAUGCCACCGAGAUGAUGUUGUUGAAUACUUGUCAACAAAUGGAAUCAAGGUAAUUUCGUGUUUUCCUGUUGUUAAAAAGACAAAUAAUUCGACUGAGGGUAACAAAAACAACAAUGAUGAUGAGCAGUCCACAAUGUUCAGAGUGUGUGUCGAAAGUUGUGACGCCAGCAAGAUGAAAGAUCCUGACAUCAUUUUGAAGCACAUCAUCGUUCGUGAGUGGCGCUUCAACCAGAAAAAACCCGAAGAAAGUAAUAAUGUGAAACAUGAUUAG